AUGAAUGGAUUAAAUUUUAUUAAAGUAGAUUAUUGCAAUAAGGAAUUAAGAUUUGUAAUUGACACAGGAGCGUCACUGAGUGUCAUUUUUAGUAGAUGUGUAAGAGAUGAAAGUGAUAUAAAUAAAAAUAGAACAGUAAAAAUACAAGGCAUUUCAGGAUCAGCAUAUACAGCAGGAACUUGCAAUGUUAAUCUUGACCUACACAAUGGGUAUGAGCUGAAUCAUGAAUUCUCAAGUGAAAUUGACGGUGUAAUCGGAAGAGAUAUUUUUAUUAAAUAUAAAGCUAAUAUAAAUUAUGAACAUUUUUUCUUAUCACUUGUAAUAAAAGAUGCAAAAAUAGAAAUACCAUUGUACGCUGAUUAUGACGAAUAA